UGCUGGGUCUGUGUGAACAGAAGAGGGGAAAGGACAAUAAGGCCAUCAUUGCCUCCAAUAUCAUGUACAUCGUGGGCCAGUAUCCUCGCUUCCUCAGAGCCCACUGGAAGUUCCUCAAGACCGUCGUCAAUAAACUCUUUGAGUUCAUGCACGAGACCCAUGAUGGGGUACAGGAUAUGGCGUGUGACACUUUCAUCAAGAUCGCCCAGAAGUGCCGUCGCCAUUUUGUCCAGGUGCAGGUGGGCGAGGUGAUGCCCUUCAUCGACGAGAUCCUCAACAACAUCAACACCAUCAUCUGUGACCUGCAGCCACAACAGGUUCAUACGUUCUACGAGGCCGUGGGGUAUAUGAUCGGAGCCCAGACAGACCAGGCAGUACAAGAGCAUAUCAUAGAGAAAUACAUGUUACUACCUAACCAGGUGUGGGACAGCAUCAUUCAACAGGCCACCAAGAACGUGGACAUUCUGAAGGACCCAGAGACGGUGAAGCAGCUAGGCAGCAUCCUGAAGACCAACGUCCGGGCCUGUAAGGCCGUGGGACACCCCUUCGUUAUCCAGUUAGGACGCAUUUAUCUGGACAUGCUCAACGUCUACAAGUGCCUCAGCGAAAACAUCUCCGCAGCCAUCCAGACCAACGGAGAGAUGGUGACGAAACAGCCCCUGAUCAGAAGUAUGAGGACGGUGAAAAGAGAGACGCUCAAACUCAUCUCGGGCUGGGUUAGCAGAUCCAGCGAUCCACAGAUGGUGGGGGAGAACUUUGUUCCGCCGCUGCUCGACGCCGUUCUCAUCGACUACCAGCGCAACGUCCCCGCCGCCCGGGAGCCCGAGGUCCUCAGCACCAUGGCAACCAUCGUCAACAAGCUGGGCGGACACAUCACCGGGGAGAUCCCGCAGAUCUUCGAUGCCGUGUUCGAAUGCACGCUCAACAUGAUCAAUAAAGACUUUGAGGAGUACCCGGAACACAGGACUCAUUUCUUCUACCUGCUGCAGGCGGUCAACUCCCACUGUUUCCCAGCCUUCCUGGCCAUCCCUCCGGCCCAGUUCAAACUUGUGCUGGACUCCAUCAUCUGGGCCUUCAAACACACCAUGAGGAACGUGGCCGACACAGGUCUUCAGAUCCUCUACACUCUACUGCAGAACGUGACUCAGGAAGAGGCUGCAGCACAGAGCUUCUACCAGACAUACUUCUGUGACAUCCUCCAACACAUCUUCUCUGUGGUCACUGACACAUCACACACUGCUGGCCUGACGAUGCAUGCCUCCAUCCUGACCUACAUGUUUAACCUGGUGGAGGAAGGGAAAAUCAACACCCAGCUCAACUCCUCCAACCCCGGCAACAACCAGGUCUUCAUACAGGAGUACGUGGCCAACCUGCUCAAAACUGCUUUCCCACAUCUACAGGAUGCCCAGGUCAAGGUGUUUGUAACUGGACUGUUCAGUCUAAACCAGGAUAUUGCAGCCUUCAAGGAACACCUGAGGGACUUCCUGGUACAGAUUAAGGAGUUUGCAGGGGAGGACACCACAGACCUGUUCCUGGAGGAGCGGGAGGCGUCGCUGCGUCAGGCGCAGGAGGAGAAACACAAGCUGCAGAUGUCAGUUCCCGGUAUCCUCAACCCACACGAAAUACCUGAGGAGAUGUGUGAUUGAGACGUCCAGCCACAUGAACCAUACUGCUGUUACUGUACAUACAGGCAUACCAACAAACACACACAACGAACCCUAACAGAAGGAGGUGGGAGGCCCCCGGUCACUUUGCUGAGGUGCAGAGAGCAGACACGCCCGUCCUCAUCCAUCAGGUGUUUUGUCGACCAAAACCAUGUCAAUAUGUAAAUGACGACGUACCGCGUCACCCCGUGGCCCGUUAUGCAUAGCACCUACGCUACAUUUUAUAUGGAGACUUCUGUGUAAUAUGUUUCCACUGUUUAACCCAAACUUCUAUCGUUUAUUUGGUCCCCUAGCUGCAUGACAUGAUGCAGACGUAUGGAUCAGACUUCUGAACUUUACUUGUUUCCUCCCCUCCUUGUUCUCCCCUCCACAUGUUAUCUCUCUCUAUAUAUAUAUAGUGAGACAGGAGAGUUUUUGUGCAACAAGGCAUAUGUGUCAAAAAAGUUCUCAGCAAAGAGGCUUCUAGAACUAUGGUGUGACAGACUGGAAGGAAUGAAGUGGUGUUCUAGAAGUGUGUGUGUGUGUGUGCGCACCCUGCGUCUGAUUCCCAACCCAAUGCAUUGUGGUUAGAAUGUGAAGCUAGCGGAUUAUGAAGGAAGGAAGUCUGAGAGAUGCUGCUGUUUUCUGCGUCAGGUGGUCAGGCUAGCGGCCGUGCUCAUUGGUUGAACCUCCGCCCAACUGAAAGAAACCUACUGCGUUUGGUCGACCUGGCUGUGACUGGGAGGCGGGAACUAGGAAGACAGGAAGGAGCAUCAUCGGAGCAAGACAGUCAGAUUAUGUGCAUAUCAUCCCAAUUCUAUAGCACAUGAAUUACCAUGGGAACAUCAUUAUUAUUUAGUGUAUUUUUGUGGGUGUGUUGAGUGCGUGUGCUGUCGCCUAGACGACAUGGGCGUUUAGUUUUCCUCUACGAGGAUCGUUGCUCUUCAUUAAAAUGGACCUUUAACAGAAAGAAGAAGCGGUUAUUGAAAUGUUAUUUAUGGGUUCAAGAUGGCUGCCUCUUCAUAACAAACUCCUGUAACUUCUGUCAGUGGGCUUUUGAGAUUGUGAAUGGGAACUAAUUGACAUUGUUUACCAUGCUAGUAGUGCUUCAACAACACGACCUAGAAGACGAGCAAAAAUUAAACACAACUCGGUUUACAUUUAAUUUUGUAUUUUUGCAUUUUUUAUUUGGAUCUUUAUAACAUCUCUUCUAUCCAAAAUAAAACAAAAGGCUUUUUAUUCCAGAGAGUGAAAUAAUUAGUUUAAUUAAGCAACAAAUGUAUAAUUCCUAAUCCAAACUCAAUCUGUAAAUGGCAAAUAGUUCCCCUUCUCUACUUGUUGUUGUGAGACUUUUUGAACUGAUUAAAGUUGAGGAUUUUAUAACCAA